AACUCCCCUCCCAGUCCCCCCCAGUGCCCCCCCAGCUGCCCCGCCAUGUCCUCCUGCGCCGAGCUGCUGCGCUUCCAGCUGCCGGGCCACGAGGCGGCGGCGCUGCGCUCCAUGACGCGCCUGCGGGCCGAGGAGCGCUUCUGCGACGUCACCAUCGUGGCGCGCAGCCUGCGCUUCCGCGGCCACCGCGUCAUCCUGGCCGCCUGCUCGCCCUUCCUGCGCGACCAGUUCCUGCUGAACCCCGCGGCCGAGCUGCGCGUCUCGCUGGCGCACAGCGCCCGCGUGCUGGCCGACCUGCUGCUCUCCUGCUACACCGGCGCGCUGGAGUUCGCCGGCCGCGACCUGGUCAACUACCUGACGGCCGCCAGCUACCUGCAGAUGGAGCACGUGGUGGAGCGCUGCCGCGGCGCCCUGGCCAGGUUCAUCCAGCCCUCGCCCGCCGCGCCGGUGCCGCCGCCGAAGCCCGAGGAGGACGAGGAGGACGAGGACGAGGAGGACGCCACGGAUGUUUGCAUCGUCAAGGUGGAGCCGGCCACGCGGCGGCGCGGCAGGAGGUGGCCGGCGGUGGGCGGCGGCGAGGCGGCGCAAGGGGGGCCGGGGGUGGCCGCGGUGGUGGCCGCCGCGCCGGAUAACGCCACGGCGCAGCUGGGGGUGGUCAAGGCGUGCUACAGCCUGGCCGAGGACGCCGAAGGUGAAGGUUUGGUCAUCUUCCCCGGCGGCGGCGGCGGCGGCGGCAACAACGCGGCCGGCAACGAGGAGCCGCCGGGCAACCAAGCAGCCGUGGGCACCUCGGCGGCCGCGACGGCCGCGCCGUCGUCGUCGUCCUCGUCGUCCUCGCGGUGCGGGAAGUGCGGGGAGAGCUUCCAGGGCGUGGAGAAGCUGGUGUUCCACAUGCGGGCGCAGCACUUCGUGUUCAUGUGCCCGCGCUGCGGCAAGCAGUUCAACCACAGCAGCAACCUGAACCGGCACAUGAACGUGCACCGCGGCGUGAAGUCGCACGGCUGCGGCGUCUGCGGCAAGAGCUUCACGCAGAAAUCCACGCUGCACGACCACCUGAACCUGCACAGCGGCGCCAGGCCCUACCGCUGCUCCUACUGCGACGUCAGGUUCGCCCACAAGCCGGCCAUCCGGCGGCACCUGAAGGAGCAGCACGGCAAAACCACGGCGCAGAACGUUCUGGAAGCCGGCGGCAGCGAGGGGGGAGUGGUGAUGCGUUGAUGUUGGGGAGGGGGAGGG